UCUCCUCCGCCUGCUAUGACUCAUUGAUCUGUGUGAACUGUCAGGAUGCCUGAACCCGCCAAGUCCGCGCCCAAGAAGGGCUCCAAGAAAGCCGUGACUAAGACCGCCGGCAAAGGAGGCAAGAAGAGGAGAAAGAGCAGGAAGGAGAGCUACGCCAUCUACGUGUACAAGGUGCUCAAGCAGGUCCACCCCGACACUGGCAUCUCGUCCAAGGCCAUGGGCAUCAUGAACUCCUUCGUCAACGACAUCUUCGAGCGCAUCGCCGGUGAGGCGUCUCGCCUGGCUCACUACAACAAGCGCUCCACCAUCACCUCCAGGGAGAUUCAGACCGCCGUGCGUCUCCUGCUGCCCGGUGAGCUGGCCAAGCACGCCGUGUCCGAGGGAACCAAGGCCGUCACCAAGUACACCAGCUCCAAGUAAACACACUGCCCAGACUGGAACCACCUCAUCAACCCAACGGCUCUUUUAAGAGCCACACACUUUAUCUAACAGAGUUCAUAUGAUCUUUAUACAGUGUGAAUAACA